CUGGCUCUUUUCCUUGUUUGCAGGACUUCGCCUCCCGUGCGAAGCUGGCGGUCCAGAACCUCGUCCAGAAAGUCGGGUUCUUUGGCAUCCUGGCGUGUGCUUCAAUUCCAAACCCUCUCUUUGAUCUGGCAGGAAUAACAUGUGGACAUUUCCUGGUGCCAUUCUGGACUUUCUUUGGUGCCACCCUGAUUGGAAAAGCAAUAAUCAAGAUGCACAUUCAGAAACUUUUUGUGAUCAUAACAUUCAGCAAACAUAUAGUGGAACAGAUGGUGUCUCUAAUUGGUGCGGUCCCCGGCGUCGGUCCUUCUCUUCAAAAGCCCUUCCGAGAAUAUCUGGAAGCCCAGCGGAUGAAGCUCCAUCACAAGACAGAUGGAGCUGCCCAGGGUGAAAACUGGCUCUCGUGGACGUUUGAAAAACUGGUCAUUGUGAUGGUGUGCUAUUUCAUCCUGUCGAUCAUUAACUCCACGGCUCAGAGUUACGCCAAGCGACUCCGGCAGCAAAUGCACUCCGAGGAGAAAACCAAAUGAGCCGUGGAGGCAGAGGGAGGGGAGGGCUGAACCCCAAACAUAAUUUGAACAUCCAGCUUCACUCCGCACUAAAACCAACAAACAAGCAACUGGCAUUAUUUGAGAAAAGGGGGCGGGCAGGGGGGGGUCACCCUUUAGUCAUCCCGGGACCUCUUACGGAUGAUUUUUAAAGUAAUUCUGCCGUUAUCACAAUUCUCCUUGAUUGACAUUUGCCUGCUCAAGGUAACGUAUGUGCUUUUGUUCAGAUUUUGUCCAGGUUGAACCGUUAACGGGGAAUCUUUGAGCUUUUCUUUUUAACAUAGUUGCUGGCCGCUCCGGCUACUUCCAAAAGCACUGAUUUUUUUUUUUUAAACAGUGUGAGACUUUACCUUAACGACUCACAUGCCGCGAAGCUUAACGUUGAAGGUCGGCAUUUCCAUCCUUCCAUUUGGACGUCAAAGUCCAUCAGAAUCUUACAUCAGAAUAGUCUUAGAGUUGCUGCUUUGGUGUGCAUGUCCGUCCGUGGAAACACUGUAAAAUCUGAUCUCGGUUCCUGACAUUCUCCAUCUCAUUUGUGUUCGUUUUUUGGGCGGGGGAGGGAGCACGGAACAUGGCGGGGGAACAUUUUUAAACUUCGUAACGGUUGUGAGCAGAGAGGCAGUAGAUGUCAAACUGCUGUCUUUUUUUAAAAAAAAAAUCCUGUAUACUUAGAAUGAAGUUGAGCUGAUAAAAUUUAUAAAAUCACCUUGGAUCAUUCCAGACCUUUUUGUCUUGGUCUUUUAAAGCACACCCCCUCCGCCUCCUACGGUCUCCUAUCCCUUCUUCUGUUCUAGUCACGCCAGAGGUUUCUUUGCAAACCUUUAUCAUCCCCCCCCGUAAGUGAAUGCUUUCUGUCAUCUUUCAGGAGUUCUUGAAUUUUCCCAAGAAUGAGCCGAAAGCAGCAGAAAGCUCGACUCAGUUAAUUUCAUUUAUUUAACUGAAAAUUAGUAGUGCGUGUGUGUGUGUGUGUUAAAGGUUCGGUUCUUACGAUGUUUGCAUAGCAUCGUUCGCAAAUACACAAGAUGCUUUUGUCCGGUGCGGGAAAGGUAAAAAGAAUAAAUAGAAUUCAAAUAUA